AUUCCACUGGACCGCGGCUUUCGGAUUGUUUAUUGGUGUCGUUUUAGGUGAUCAGUUGUAGAGGCUAAUGCUCUCUACAUUUGAAGAGAUCACUGUUAAGCUCUAAUCAUGUGUUUACAUCAGCCUGUUUGAGGACUAAUUUCAAAAUAUCAUCUAUUAUUGAUUCUACUCUGUGUCCUUGUCAGUUGUCGCGCCACAUUCUAACUAGAUGGCAUCGUGGGAAGACCAGUUAGAUCCAAAUGUCUCUGUCACUACUAAGUUUACCCAGUUGGAUAUAAAUGCCCCAGAAUUUAUACCCGGUGAACCGUUUCACUAUAAACCAUUCAGGCCUGCUGAAGUAGUUCCUUGUAUCCCUCCUGAGGUUGAAGCACCUAGUCAACCUUUGGUAUCUAGUGCCAUACCUGAAGAAGCAGAGCCUGAGCUUGAAAAGGAUGGGGAUGUUCCAAAAAAGACGAUAACCAUCGUUCCAGACAAAGACACACUCAAUUUAGUAUUCAUCGGGCAUGUUGAUGCUGGAAAGUCAACUAUUGGCGGACAUUUACUUUACUUAACAGAUAUGGUAGAUAAAAGAACUCUAGAAAAAUAUGAACGUGAAGCGAAGGAAAAGAAUCGAGAGACUUGGUAUCUGUCAUGGGCCUUGGACACUAAUCCUGAAGAGCGAGACAAAGGUAAAACAGUCGAAUGUGGACGUGCCUACUUUGAAACUCAGAAGAAGAGAUUUGUUUUGAUUGAUGCUCCUGGUCACAAAUCUUUUGUCCCUAACAUGAUAUCAGGUGCGGCUGUUGCGGACAUAGCCAUACUGGUCAUAUCAGCAAGACGUGGAGAAUUUGAAACUGGAUUCGAUAAAGGAGGACAGACCAGAGAACAUGGGUUGUUAGUGAAAACUGCUGGUGUUAAACAUCUGAUCGUAUUAGUCAAUAAAAUGGAUGAUCCAACUGUUCUGUGGGAUGAAACUCGCUAUAAUGAAUGCAAAGACAAAAUUUUACCUUUCCUGAAGAAAAUUGGAUUUAAUAUUAAGAGCGAUGUUUAUUGUAUGCCAUGUUCAGGAUAUGAUGGGGCUUUUCUGCGCGAUAUUCCGAGUGAAUCAGUCUGCCCAUGGUACAGAGGUCCUACUUUAUUGGAAUACCUAGAUAGUCUUCCCAGCUUUCCACGAAAUAUAGACGGCCCACUGAGACUACCUGUAACUGACAGAUAUAAAGACAUGGGUACAUAUGCAUCUGGAAAAGUCGAGUCUGGUUCUGUAUCAAAGGGUCAAACUAUAGUAUUGAUGCCUAACAAAGUGUCCGUGGAAGUUGUGCAAGUGUUUGUAGGAGAUGUGGAGGUGAACUGUGCUGCUGCUGGAGAACACUGUAAGCUGAGAUUGAAGAAUAUUGAUGAGGAAGAUAUCAGUCCUGGCUUCUGUUUCUGUUCACCUGAUAAUUUCUGUCAGGUUUCAAAUAUGUUUGAUGCUCAGUUACUGAUCCUAGAUUACAAGUCUAUAAUUUGCCCAGGGUUUAUGGCUGUGAUUCAUAUUCAUACAUGUAUGCGAGAAGUACGCUUACAUACCAUCAUUUGUCGAUUAGAUAAAAGAACAAGUCAGAAGACAGAUGUACGUCCUAGGUUUAUCAAAAAGGAUGAUGCGGCUAUUGUAAGAUUUGAAGUCCUAGGUGAUGCAAUUUGCUUAGAGACAUUUAAGAAUUUUUCGCAACUCGGACGUUUCACCCUACGUGACGAAGGAAAAACAGUCGCCAUUGGGAAAGUUGUUAAAAUCUUGAACCCUGUCGGUUUUGACCAGUAAACUGUGUAUUUCUUUUCAGACAAGAUUGCUUUCCCCUUGAUAUAUAUGGUUUAAAGUGGUGAUUUGAUUUUUUUAUUCUGGACAAUUGAAAUGUAAACACUAGACAUUGGAAAACAUUACUUGUUUUCAAUUCUGAUACGUUUAGUCAGAUCUAUGUGAGAAAAGAAAGGAUUUUUGAUAAUCUUGGCUUUAGGAAAAUAUGCAAUUUACGCUGUUUAGAGAUCUGUCGAGAUUAGAAAUAUAAGUCAUUAUCUUUCGGGUUU